GCCCGAGUCAGUCCCCGUCGGUGUUCGAGUCGGAACCAGAAUCUCGCGCGCGGCGAUCGACGCGCCUGCCUCGCGAGGAACAUGUGUCCGCAGUGACCGAUGCUGUCCGAUGGGGCGUCCCGCGACUCGGACACCUUGGCCGCUGCUGCUGCUGCUGCUCGUGCACGCCACGGGGGGCAGCGAGUUCCCUGAACGCGAGUGUUGUGACCCCGUGUACCCUCUGGCCGCGCCACCCUCGUCCACCACCCCCUACCCCUCUGUGCCAACGGCCACCGGACGCGCUGGCAAUCCAAAGUCGGCGGUGGCCAUCCUGAACUGCCUGCUGGCCCGCCAGCUGUGCUUCGAGGACGCGUCAUGUUCAGCUAUUUUAGAAAUCAUCCCCCGAGUGUGCGGCGCCGAACAAGUGGCGUGUUCGACGGUGACUGUGACAAAGUGUCAGGCGGCGCUGAGGACACUUCAAGCCUUUCCGUUCUUCCGGCCGACGUGCCUGUGCAGGGAGCCGCACGUCGAUCCCGAAUGCAGCUCGUUCCGAGAUUUCCUCUUCGACCACCCCUGCAUAUACGUCAACAAGAAAGAGAAAGACCCAUAUCCGGUGGACGCACUGCCCACGUGCAAUCACGCCCUCUCCGUCUGCCAGUUGGAGAGAAAAUGCAUCAAACUGUUCGAAGACUUCAAGACUAACUGCAAGGUGCGCGACGGACAAUGCAAAAUGGAAGAAAGGGACGCGUGUCACAGUGCGUGGACCAAGCUGCGGCUGUCGCCCAUCUUCGGCUGCAUCUGUCCGAACAACCACAUGAAGCGGCGGUGCGACCGCAUCUUCAGCCUCGUCAAUCACAAUCCGUGCGUCGACGUCCUGCCAGCCUCUCUUGAUUUAUCAGGCACUGAUUCCGCACUUUACCCGUAUGAACAGGAUAACAAAUUCCGCGAGUUUUGGUUUCCCCCGACCAGCCUGUACCCCUACUUUCUGCUGCCCCCCACCUACCGACCCUGGCCGUCCAAGCAUCCCCCUCCACCUCCGCACUACUAUCACGGCACACACGAACACCACCACUUUUCGGUCGUGGACGAGCCCCAUGUUGUCAAGGCAGGCCCUCAUGUCCCCGUUUCAGUAAACGUGAUUCCAGCAGCCGAGAACGACUCGAUCGACGCCAUCGACACGCAGCUCGAGAACCCGCUGUUCGGCGUCCGCGGCGGCGCCUCCCACGCCGACGUCUACCGCCUGCUCCACUUCAACACCUCCGUCGACGACCACCACCGGCCCACCCACAAAAGCGCGACGGACAAUGAAGUGUCCCGCACGUUCAGCUUCCAGAGCACGUGUCACCUGGCGCUGGACAUGUGCAACAACAAUUACAACUGCCGCUCGGCUUUACUGCCCGUCCUGCAGUAUUGCGACGCGAGCCGCUGCGCCAGGGACGCGUGCAUGGCCGCCCUGCAGACCUUUUACCGCGCCGUCGACCUCAAGUGGAGCCUCGAGGUCGCCUUCUGCCUCUGCAAGAAAACGGACAAUAAACACGACGAGUGUCUAGUUGCUCAAGAGCAGUUGCACCCCCUGUGCGCGCAGAGGGUGGACGGCGCCGCCAUGCCCACCUGUCACUCGCUGGCCGAGGUGUGCCGCGAGGAGGUCGGCUGCAGGGUGAAAUUGGAGUUGUACGAACAGUCCUGUGCCGUGGACAGCGUGACGAAAAAGUGCGCCGGGUCGCCGGUCGAAUGUCGAAAGGCGAUGCUCGGCAUUUUGGGCACAAACCUGAGGUCCAACUGCGGCUGCAAAAACAUGGACUUCUCGCAGCUUUACGACUGCCUCGGCUGGCAAAGACUUCUCUGGGUCAAUCCCUGCGUAGUUGAAUCCCAGAAAGAUUUCCACGCCAGCAAACUGCCGCCCCCGACGACGGCGCCCCCGGCGCCGCCUCCACCCCCAGUGUACAUCACACCUGCGUGGACGUUGCCGCCGCCGCCUCCGACGCCGCCCACGGCCACUGUCUCUCGGACGACGUCCACCCCUCAGACGGCCGCCCCCACAACGCCACCCCCGACCCGCCCCACAACCCUUACGAAUCCGCCGGCGCCGCUUCCGGCGGCGCCAACCACAACCACCUCAACGACGACGACAACAACGACCACCACGCAGGCCGCGGUGGUCACGACGGAGGCCACCGAGCCUCCCACUACUACCCCCACCACCACCACGACCACCCUGCCCACCACAACAACAGAACCGCCAAAAUUCUGCGUGGUGCAGCGGCCGCAACAGAAGGACCAGCACAUCCUCGAGGGUUCCGGCAAAAGGCUGUACCGCGAAAACGAGCAGGAGUGCUCGGAGCUGUGUCAGUGCAACGAGGGUGAGCAGCUGGUGUGCAACACCCUGUGCGUCCAGCGGGCGCCGUGCAAGACUGAUUUCGCAUUUUAUAACCACGCGGCGCCGGCCUACCAGGCGUACAGGGGCCGCUGCAUGUGUUACUCAGGAAAAUUCAUCUGCAUGCGGCCAGCCCCAGAUACAUACAGCCUGCCGCAUGGCGUCUUUUUGUUCCUCGGCUACAGCGAGACAGAUGAGAAUUUGCUGCGGCCGCACAUCAACCUCACCAUCCACGACACAGUCGACGCGCUUCAGCACGUCAUUCGCUUUCAGCCCUCGCCAAAGGGCGAGUGCGCGCUCUUUUUGUACAACAUGUCCAAGGAGAACGUGAUCCUCGUGGCCAAACUGGUGAACGAGAACUUCACCUACACCAAGGAGGGAGUCUCCAAAGCAACCUUGCACCAGCUCCAGCAAGAGAAGGAGGAGUGUUCGGCGCCGCUGCAGGAGCUGAGCAACAAGAUCAACAACCAGAACGCCGACGUCCACUCGCACCAACUGCUCUCCAUCAUCAAAAUGGCCGAGGUCGAGGUCAAGGUGCCCGAGAGCAGCAGCAGCGGCGCCGCGGCGCCGCUCACGGGCUCCGUCGGGCCCGCCUCGUGCCUCCUCCUAGUCUUAGUCGCCCACUUGCUCCAUUGCUUUGCUCACGCCCUGCCCUCGUGACCUUACCCCUGCGCCCCCCUCGACGCGAUGACCCCACGACACGCCACAUAAGAAGUUGACCCCCACCCCCUCUGCAAAGACACAGAAGCGAGUUUUUUUUUUUGCAAUGAAUAAUCGCAAAUUUUAUUACAAAAAUAUUAAAACGAACAAAAACAUUUUGAGUUUUUGUUGAAAAUAUUUAUUUUUAUUUAUUAUUUUAUUUUUAAAAUUAAAAAUUUAAUUAAUUUAAAUUAUUUGUACAAUAAUUCAAAUUAUUUUAUUGAAUUUUCCAAUAAAUUAGAAAAACAUUUUUUGUAAGUAAUUCUUGACACCCCCGCUUGCUUCUGUGUUUUGACGACGUUUCAAAUCGAUCUCACCCAAAAUUUUCUAAAAAAGCUUUUACAAAAACGCCCUCGCUCUCGUCUUGUGCUAUAUAUCUACAGAAUAACUCAACCGCUAAGGCAUUAUAGUCAAGUAUAAUCUCUCAAUAAUAAUAUGACGCAAUCAUCGUACGAAUAAAUCAACUAUCUAUUUACAAACCUGGCCAAAUUAAACCACACAUGCAAAAGUCACAAAUUAAGUAUAAUAUUUAAGGCAAAAAUUAUGUAUCUCACUAAUGUGUUAAGUCCGGAGACCCUAAUAAUUAAUAAGCAAAUUUUCCAAAAAAAAAAUCUAUAUUAACUAUAAAUUGUACAUACCUGCUGUAUCGGCAUAUUAUUAUUGACCAUGAUAGUUAAAAUAUAUAUAACAAUUAUUGAAAAGUAUAUAUAUUAAAGUGUAUAUUCUUCAGCUCGUUGUUGAUUUUUAAUUCAAGAAAAGAGAGAUUAAAAAUAAUGUGUUAUAGAAAAUAGUGACUGUGUACAAAAAUUGCGUGUUGCGCAGUAAAAAAAUGGAUAAAAAAAUUCUGAAUUAAUUAAAGCCAACAGGUUCUGUUGUGUGUUAUGCAAUCCAUUAAUUCUCCCUUCGGAAAAUAAGGAAUUAUUAUAAAAAUUGCAAGCAGUCCAUUUGCAAAACAGAAAUCCCUGCCAAGAAAAUCGCUGUUGCGUAUUAUUUCUCAUUAGCUGCAGUCGUUCAUUAAUAGACGUUUAGGGUGGAUAAUUUAGUUUUAGUAGCACAUCGUCUCUUGUUAAGUAACAAUUUUAUUUUUGUAAAGACUAAAGACAUAAUAUGUGAGCUAAAGAUUAUCGUCAACCUAGAUUUUGUAAGUCGCCUCAUGUUUAUCAAAAAUUAUAUCACUGUUGAAACUGUAAAUCAAAGUGCAUGAGAUUGUUAAUUUUGUACAAUGGAAUAUACUUUGAGAGAGUCGUUUGUUCAAAGAAGCGCGAUUGUUACUAUAAUUAAAAAAAAAUUAAUAUAAUCACACAACACUUUAGUGAGCAGUGAAUUUUACCAUCUCUGUUUUUAGGGGAAAAGUUGGUUAGAAAACAGAAAGUUUUUUGUGUUUUCAAUGGGUCCAUGUAAGAUAAAAAGAAACUAAAAAUGAUACAUAUUCGCCACAACACAUGUCACUAAUAAUUAUGAAGUAAAAUAACAACUAUAUCAUAUUUAACAAAACCUGUUAAUUUCAGAAAAAACUUACUCAUAUCGAUUUGGGGCUAAAAUGAAAGCGACUAAUUUCUCAAAAAGUUAAUUUGUAGGACGUGAACGGAAAAAGCAAUACCGCGCAUAAUCAACAGGGAAAUUUUGAAACGCACAGCAGCUUUUUGAUGGAAAAUUAAGUUUGGUCAAAACUGAAACGUUUCUUUAUUCUGACCUCUGACCCUGUAAUUGACGAGCAAACAAAAUGAAGGAUUUAAAUAACUCAAAUCGGCAGCAAUACUCAAAAUACACGGUAUUAUAUCAAAGUUAUGUCACUAUAAAUAGAGUAUACAUGUCAAGCAGAUUUCAAAACGCAAAAAUAGUGAGAUGAAAAGUUUAAUAAUUGUGAUGUGACUAGAUAAUAUAUUUAUUGUGCGAGACGAUCGAAUCAGUAAAAGAAGGAAAUGUUUUAAAAAUUUUAAAUAUAUAAAAACGGAUCAAAAAAAUCCAGUUUUGGUGUUUUUCCGUUGCAGUCGUAGAAAAUUUAAAUAUAUAUAAUUUUGGUUGGCUUUGGAAGGCGGAGAUUUUUAAACAGACAUUGUGAUAAUGUGAAGGCAAAAUAUAUCGGGUUGGAUCAAACAGAAUAUUUAAGAUCAGGGUAGUGUUCGAAACACUUAAUUUGUGUGUAAUCUCAAUUACGACUGAGAAGGGAAAAUUUAAUUUUCUUCCAAAGCUGUAGAACUUUCUGAAGGAUGUUUUGAAUCUCGCCUGGUAAAUUCCAAAAGUCACUCUUAUCAUAAAAGAGUCAAUUAUCCUUUCUCGCAUGAAUUACUCGAGCACUAUAGAAAAUAAAUUCUUCAUUCCUCGGUCACUCGAGUUUCAAUUGAUUGAUCUGAAAAAUAUGAGGGGCCUACAGCACACUAAUGAAAGAAAGAAUUAGCAUAUAAUUGAUGUGCUAAAAGUGACCUUGGUGUGAGAGCUUGGUUUGAUUUUGCUUGCAUGAAGAAACGAAGCACUGCUUUCUUCUUGAUUGGAUGGUGAACAAAAAAACUCUCAAAGAAUUAACAAGAAAAUAUUGGAUUUUUUAAUUAACCAAAGAUAUCAACAAAUCUAUGUGCUUACAAUUAGGAUGAAAAUGUUUGCUCAAAUAAUUGACGAGGAUGUGCGAAGAGUAAUAAUUAAACUGAUGAAUAUGUAUUUGUUGUUUAGCCACACUUUUGGAAUCAAUAUAUCUCACACACAGACACACACUCGCGCUUAAAUACUAAUUAAAUUCAUCAGCACAUCUAUGUACUCGCUGUACCAGACAAUUGGCCUGUAAUAAGAGAAGAGCGUACGCGUAGACUUAAUAUAUGUUGGUACAUUGACCAUAGUUAAUUACAAUGACUGUUGAUUGGUUGGUUGUAUCGGCAUGCAUAAAACAGAAUAAUUAUACCACCCCGCCCGAAUCCACACUCAUUAAACACCUCUCACGUUGUUAUACCUGUGCAUAUUUUGGUUCGGUUGGUUGUCGGAAAUCAUUACGAACGAUAUUGUACUGCCACUUCUAUUGAAUAAUUCUCUAUUACUGUCGCAGCAUCUCAUUUUAGUUCAGUGGAAAAAUAAAAGUACAUAUAUAUCUAUAUGAGAUUCGU